UUUCUACCCUGAGAUCAAAAUUAAACUCACAACAGUCUGCUUUAAGGCCCCUCAAUUCUUCAAGAUCUCAGAAGUGGCAGCCAGUCAGCAUCAGGUGGAAGGAUAAACUAGAGAAGCUUGCUGACACAGAUGAAACCAAAGUGACCAAAGUUCGAAACAUUAGUUAUGUGAACGAUGCCGAGUUCAUCAUAGCAAAGGGGAGUGAUGGUACUGAAGUCUUCUUGGGACUGAGAGAUGAUGGCACAGAAGUUGCAAUCAAAAGAAUGUCUAAAAGCAACUAUAAAACACUGAAGAACGAGAAUGGAAUCCUGCAGCUGCCGUCCGUGGAUCAUCCGUCCAUUGUGCGAUAUAUAGACUUUGCAGAGGACGAAAACUUUGGAUACCUUUUUCUUCAGCUUUACGAAUACACCUUGGAGGAAAGUAUCAGCAGCCUCAAAGAUCCGAACAUGGGAAAAAAACUUGUACGGGAGGCUCUUGAAAGCUUAAAGGUGCUGCACUGCCAUAACCCUCAAAUUCUGCACAGAGACCUCAAACCACACAAUGUUUUAACUGAUAUUCAAGGGAAGGCAAGAUUAGCUGACUUUGGGAUCAGCAGAUGCUUAUCCAAAGAUGAAACAACUUACCUCACGGCCAAAGGAGGAACAAGGUGCUGGAUGGCCAGAGAGACACUAGACGAAGAAGCUGCUGUGCCCUACAAGUCAAAGACUGAUGUACAGGUGGCAGGGAUGCUGAUAUAUUACAUCCUUUCUGGGGGACAACAUCCGUUCAUAAUGGGCAAACGAUUUCAGUGUGAUUCCAACAUUUAUGAAGGGAAGUACUGUUUGGACCAUGUGACGGACAUGUUGGCUAGAGAUCUCAUCGAGUGGAUGAUCAACAAAGAACCAAAGAACCGACCUGAAGUGGAUCAAUGUUUAAAUCAUCCAUUUUUCUGGGACAGUGGAAAGCGAAUGGAAUACUUGAAAAAGGUUGGAAACAGGAAUGAGAUUGUAUAUGAUCGCCAAGCUGCCCCGGAACUGAUACUUUCACUGGAGCGAUGUGCUGAAAACCGAUCCUUCAAACAGUGGAAAGAUAAGUUUGACAAAACGCUGGUGCAAGACAUGGAAAAGAAAAGGAGAAGCUCCUACAGUGAAAACACGGUGGGAUUACUGCGCUUCAUCCGCAACCUUUGUGAGCACCGUUACAGAGAGGCUUCUACAAUCAACAUCUUGGCUUUAUUUCCUGAUCUCUUCGAAUGUGUUUACACAUUUGCAAAAAGCCAAGGCUGGAAUGAAGAGGCACCUUUGAAGGAGAUGUUCCCGCCUCCAGUAAAAGCUCGGCACGAUGGAGGAAGUGUACCAGUUCAAGAGUGAAACCACGAUUUUAAGGAAAGCGAUGUCCAUCCAGAGGGAAUGAAUCAAAAGGACCAAAGACAAACUGACCAGCAGUGAAAAAGUACCAAAGUUUUAAUUAAUGCUACUAUUUGGAUUUUUGAUGUGCUCUGCUGUGAGAGCAUAAGGAAAAUUCAUGGCUUUUAUUUAUUUUUUAUUUUUAUGGAUGAACAAAUCAUGUCUUUGUUGAAAUUUCAGCAUAAGAUGACUUGUAAAAAUUGAUUUAAAAAAAAAAAAACAGAACACAGGGGAACUACAGAGGCUAGGAAACGCUGGGGACUUGAAAAGUGUACAGAAAGCGCUGGGGACUAGAAAAGCGUACGGAAACGCCGGAGCAACACUAGCGUACGACAACACCAGAGGGAAAGAUACGUACGGAAACACUAGGGCUCAACAGACGUACCGAAACGCCAGGGGGAAGGAAUGGGCGCACAGAAACCUCAGGGGAGUACAAAACUAGGGGACUCUAGGAUACUAGGGAAUGCUGGAGAACUCGACAGCGUAUGGGAACACUGGAGAACUCGACAGCGUAUGGGAACACAGG